AUGAACCCAUCCACUUACUCUGUCCUCGAUCUGACACUGUGUGGCACUGAGCAGCUCUCGACCUCUGUCCAGGCUCAACAGCUGCAGUUCCCGCCAACACCGGCCGUUUCGUUUGAAGCUCACGACCUGGCCUGGGCAGUCACCUCGGUCUCCCCACCUCCGCUGCCUGCGCCCUUUGGGUCUGUUGGUCCCUGGGGUCCACAGCAGGGCCAGCCUCAGCCGCAGCAUCCACAGCAGCACCUGGUCUAUUACUUUACAGCGCUCCCCGAGAAGGCCAAGCCCAUCUGGGUCGUCUUCUACGAUCGAUGCGACCACCCGCUCGAUGCCUUCGCUUUACAGCUCUUCAACGAGCCCACAUCAUCACUUGAUUGCACCGCAACCGCUUCGACGACCACCACAUGCGUUCCAGCUCACAGGCUGCAGGCGGAGAGCGACCUGUCGUGGAGGGCCACCAACAACGAGGGCAGCCUCGACGUGGGCCUCAUCCAAUACAAGAUCGCCUUCACCUGCCCCAACGACACCUUCCAGCGCACCAUCUUCAGCGCCCACCUAGUCAACUCGGCCUCGGGCCUCCACAUCGAUCUGGGGGUGAUGUCGAUCGUGAGCACCACCAACCAACGAUCGGACCCCCGGUUCAUGGCCAAGCUCGAGCGGCGCUGUCCGUCCGAGGCCCACCGGCGGCUGGUGGCCAACUUCAAGCGACACCCGCGCCAGAUGCGCCACUUCAUCAACGGCAAGGGCCGGAGCAAGGGCGCCAAACAGGCGAGCCGACGCGGCCACCGCUUCCUCAUGGAGGAGUACGUCUGGGCCGUUCACCUCUGA